UUUCCACCAAGGGCAUCGAGUCUCACGUGGAGUCCCGGAAUUGGAAUAUACUACCGCGCAGAGCGAAUAGGGGGAGUCGCACAUUACAUUGCUGUGUGUGGGGGAUGUGGAGGCGGAGGUUGUAGUUAGCUCCCCCCCCCCCCCCACACGGUGGAACAGUCCGUGCAGUCUGUGAGCUCCAGCAUGGCGCUGCCCUGUGUGCGACUCCGGGCGGUGACUGGCAGGACCUGGACACUGCUCAGGUAUCUGUCUGGGAGUACAAGGCCCCAGGAAGCUGCAGGUAAUGAAGAUCUCAUUGUCCCAAAGAAGAAAACCUGGGACAAAACUGCAGUCUUGCAGGCUCUGGCAUACACUGUGAAUCAUGAUCCAACAGCACCUCAAUACAUGUUUCAGGAUGACCCCUUCCUUAUCCCCAAAACCUCUUCAGAGUUUCGUAUAUAUUCACUGUCUAAGGAGUCCGGAAGAAAUGCAGCUAAAUACAUUUUCAAGAACUAUCCUAACCUCUUCCUAAAAGAUAUCGCUGAGCCACACAUUCCAUGUUUAAUGCCUGAGAGCCUGCAGCCACAGAUUGAAGAAGUAAGUGAAGAAGCCCUCAGUGAGCGUAUUCUGCUGAGGAGAGUGAAGGACUCUGUGGACCUGUUUGACCAGCUUCUCCAAGGAGGAACUACACCAUCUAUAGAAACUACAAACAAACUCCUUGACCUCCUGUGCUUUUAUGGGGACAGAGAGCCUGAUCAGGUGGAGCAGAGCCAGUCAGAUGAAUCUGAAAAUGGCAUAGAGCUAAAAAAGAGACUCGGCCCAUUCCGAAAAAAUGAGGUUCUUCCAUCAUGGAGACAGAACAGCAAUGCUGAGCGAAUCUUCAACCUGAUGUCUGAGAGAAAUGCCCACACAUUCUGCACCAUGAUCAGAGGGAUGGUGAAGUAUGGAGCUUCCAACAAAGCCUUUGACAUGUACACAGACCUUCUCAACAACAGGAUGACUGCGGAUGUUCACACGUUUAAUGCAUUGAUCCUAGCGGCUCCAGAACUAAAAGACAAAUACAAUGAGAAGUUGGACCUUGUUAUGGAACUGCUGAAGCAUAUGUUAAGUCAAAAAGUGCAGCCCAACCUGUUAACCUUCAACUGUGUCCUGAAUAGCCUGCGGAAGUGUGGUUCAAUGGCCAAGGGUCCAGCCCUGCAAACAUUAAAUGAAAUGAAAGCACUUAACAUAGAACCAAGUCUCGCUACAUUUUAUCACUUGAUGGGAAUAUUUUAUAAACCCGUCGCGAUUUCAAGAGGACAGGUUGAUAUCCUGGUGGAAAUUCUGCAUGAAGUCGAAGGGAAAAGUUUUACAGCCCAGGAUCCAGAUGAUGUGUACUUCUUUUCCAGUGCAAUGAGAGUGUGUCUGGAUCUUAAGGAUGUGGAGCUGGCAUAUAAACUCCAUGGGUUUCUGGAGACUGGAGAUAACUGGAAGCUGAUAGGAGACCAAUCUAUGCAGAGUGCAUACUAUGGUAGAUUCUUUAAUCUUAUUUGUCUGAUGGAACAUAUUGAUGUCAUCUUGAAGUGGUACAGAGAACUCAUCCCUUCGCGCUACUUUCCAAACCACAGAGCUAUGAUGGAUGUCCUACAAGCCCUGGAAAUGGAGAGCCGACUGGACCUGUUGCCACAGAUCUGGAAAGAUAUUAAGCAGCUUGGUCACUCUAACAGACAAGAGUUGGUGGAGGAGCUGCUGAGUUUGAUGGCCAGGAAUGUACAACCUCCAGAGCUCCAAACUGCCUUUGUGGAGACUGCUGUGGACAUAAAAUCUGUGUACGACACCCCAGGACGUAUGCGAGUGGUAUUGGAGUGGUCUGCUGGUGCUCUUGGCGAUGUUACCUUACUGCUAGCCAGGGCUGGAAGGCUUGAAGAAGCGUGGAACGUCUUUCAGCUUUUUAAGACCCACAACAGAGUUCCCAGUACUGCGGUGGUAGAAGAGCUGUUGGUUACUGCCAAAACAAGUGGUAACACUAGCCUGGCGAUGAAUGUGGUGCAGCAGGCAGUCUCAUUCAGUCUCCCAGACACAGCCAGUCUCGCCAAGCGUGUCAUGGAUGAGUUCAGUAUCACGGAGGAGCAGAGGAUAACUCUGGAGGACCUUCAGACACAGAACCAGAACACAAGUAGCAGCAGCGGCGAUAGCAGUGACAGUGACCAAGAAGAGAAAUGAGCAGCGUCUCCUGUAACAAGAUAUUGCUACGCAUGUUGUAAAAUUUACACCAUCCUCUCCCAUUAAAGUCUGCUGGAAAUUGCGUAGGUUUCUUGGAAUUGUGCAGCACUUGUUUUGUACAUUUUGUAUUAUACACGUACUAUUUGCAGAAUAAACUAUUUAAAGGAGUGGUUUGUACACUUACUGU